CACUACUCUAUUGCUUUCUCUCCCUCUUUUUCUAAAUUCCACAAAACUAUAUCUAUUUAUAUGUUUAUUUACAUGUAAUCUAUAUAAAAUGGGUAAGACUACGAGGUGGAUUCGAGCUCUGUUCGGAGUUAAAAAGUCAGCUUCCAAGAAACAACAACCUACACAAGAAGAAAACCAAGUUUUAUUUUCUUCGGGUUUGGUUUCAUACCCGAAACAAUCCGAUGAAAACAACAAACAUGCAAUUGCAGUUGCAGCAGCCACGGCUGCUGUAGCCGAGGCUGCGCUAGCGGCUGCCCACGCCGCGGCUGAGGUUGUUAGAUUAACAAGGGGCGGCGGCGGUGGUGGUAGUAGUAGGGUGUAUUAUGACGGUGAACGACUGCGGCGAGUGGCGGCUGUUAAAAUACAAUCCACAUUUCGGGCUUACCUGGCUAGGAGAGCAUUGAGGGCACUAAAAGCGUUGGUGAAGCUUCAGGCACUUGUACGAGGGCACAUUGUGCGCAAACAGAGUGCAGACAUGCUUCGACGAAUGCAAGCCAUGGCUCGCCUCCAGGCUCAGGCCCUUGCCAAUCGAGCUCACUCAACUUCGUCACCACAUUCAAGUAUCAAGUCAUCCCGUUCCUACCGACAUCCACGAUCUAACUCGUUGUCACACUUCAAAGUCUCUCUUGGCCAAGAACGGCGACAUCCUAAUGGGCCUAAUUGGCUAGAUAACUGGAUGGAGGAUACCUCCUGGACAAGCAAUUAUGAUGAUAAAAGUGACAAGAUUCUUGAAGUAGAUACCUGGAAGCCAAAAAAUAGUACCACUCCGACAAAACCUCAAAAACCAGGUAUGACCCGUUUCACGACCGACCUUUCGUCGAUUGAUUCAAAUUGGGGAACAGAUAAAGCAACACACAAUUCGGAGUAUAAGCAUCAAUCACAUUCUGCAUCCUCUAGGCCUGGAAGUGGCCGCAAAAGAAGCCUGUUUGCUCCAACUAUUAAAGGGGAAUACCCACAGAGCCUAUUUGGAUACUACCCAAGUCACCCAAACUAUAUGUCUAACACAGCAUCAUCUCAAGCAAGGAUACGAUCACUUAGUGCACCAAGGCAGAGACGCUACUGGGAUCAUUCAGAUACCAAAUCUGAAAGGGGUUUCAGUAAGUAGGCUUGUGAAUUGACUAUAUUUACUUUAACGUAAGGGGUCUGAUGUUGCUUGACUGGGUCAUCUGAGUAGGUUUUCAUUGACAUUGUUACUGGUGUGUUUUGUACAGUGACCUUAAGGGGUAAUCUUGCUUGAUUGCUAAAACAAAUUGUGUUCAAUAUAUUAUUCUCUCUCUUUUAUGUUCUUUUUC